GGUGAUGUGCCAUGGCUGAUCCUCUCUCCAAAUCCGACCUCGUUGCAGCCUUGGCUCUCUUUGCUGGUGACCCAACCUACUUUCAGCUGGAUCAUGGAACCUUUGGACAGACAGUGCCGUGUAAACCUAAAACAGGAGUGGAUCCCUGCGAGGUUUGGUGCAGCCUCCCCGUGGAGAAACUGCGGGAAAUUUGUAACGUGAUCAAAAUCCGAAUAUUCUGGUGUGCGCUGUUCACCAGGGAGAGCACGUCCUUCGUGGACACCUUCUGUUUGAUGUUCCUGGACUGGGACAUGAAGAAAGUUCAUGAGUUCAAUGUCAUGGAAGACCUCGCUGAUUUAAUUAAAAAAGUUGUUAACAUUCCGCAUUUCAUCAGUGGCAUCCUGAGGAUUGGCACUGGGAUAGAAAAUGGAAGCGCUACAUCACCAAGGUGGCGCUGGAGGAUUUCGAUCUGGUGGCCGAUCUGCAGGCCCUGACCUGCGACAGCUCCAGGAAGAAGAGCGAGGCCAUGAAGCAGAGAGGAAAUGCAGAAUUUGCCCAGGGAGCCCUGGGCUCUGCCAUCGUCUCCUACACCAAAGCCAUCGAGUUCUGGUACUGAGCAGAGAGAGAAGGCGAGGAAGGAUCUGCCAGAGAAAAAGGACCGAAAUUCCUCCAAAUCCCCCCCAGGGAAUUGCCGGGAGCAGAAAGGAGCAGCGAGGGAGAGGAGGAGGAGCCGGGAUGAGCCCGAGGGGGCGGAAAUGCAGGAAAAGGUGACCGAGCCCCAGAGGGCAGAAGGCAAAGGUUCCACGCUGGAGCAGCCUCC